CAUCCAUGACUGGAGUACAAAUGCUCGUAUUCAUCACACAAACAUCUGCCCCCACCGAGAUUCGAACCCGUGACCUCUCAAGUCGGCGACACCAUGAAACCUGGCGUACCUCGGCCACGGAGGUCGUCAUAAAAAAAUCAUUCUUACGCUUUAAUAAGACCUAUUUAUCAAAAUUAUAAAUUUCAAACAAUGCAUAAUACUAAGUAAAAAAAAAUCUGCAACUAUUUGAAUAAAUCUUUUUAAAUAACUCAAAAAUCAAUAUUUUCGUCAUAAAGAUAACAAUGCGAGAAUUCGUAAAACAGGACCCAUUAACUUACAACUGAGAUGCCAAAACAUACUCAUUAUGUUUUAAUACGCCAAAACUUGUUAUGAUAAUUAUUUUGUGAAGAUAUCGCACUGUUUGCAUACAUUAACUGUGCUGAUGUUCGAUUACUAUGAUCGUUGGCGGUAUAUCGAAUUAAGUUACAUUCAUGUUCAAGUACAUUGCAUAAUAACACGCAUUACGAGAUACCUCAUUAAGAAAAUUUAAUAUUUUAUUUGCUUCGGACGAAAAUGACAUUAGCGUUUUGUUUCGAAAUGUGUUUGAGACUUUUGUUCUGUGUGUUAAUAGUGGUGGAUUCGGUUAAACAGGGUGAUAAUUUGAAUAACAAUAAAUUGACUAGAGUGAAAAGGGAAAGAUGGAUUUGGGGUUACGCCGAUGUCACUAGGACGGAUAGAGGAGUUCACGAUGAGCCGAUAAGCUUUGACAACAGGGUGCAUGAAGAAACGAACCCUUGCUUUCCACUGGAUUAUCCUCCCACUCCGAACUUUAAUGCCCCUGGAAGGAGAAUAAGCCAAGUGAAAUGCUAUGAAUAUAUGUAUACAAUGAAAAUAAUAUCAGAGGAAGCAGAAAGACAAAAAGAAUGUGAAAACUUACUCUUAGAUAUCAUAGGAGGAAAAGAUGCUAGUCCGAGGGAAUUUCCUCAUAUGGCAGCUAUUGGAUGGAAGGCCACAGAUGGUCAGUGGGCAUUCAAAUGUGGCGGUUCACUUAUCAGCAGCAAGUUUGUGCUGACAGCAGCGCACUGCUCCAGGGCUUCGAACCGCGACGGGACCAUAGCUGAAGAAGUCCCGCAGAUCGUGAGACUCGGCACUAAUAAAAUCAAUAGACCUGAAUCACACAAAGAUGCGACGAUUUUAAGAAUUAUAACCCAUCCUAACUACACUCCUCCGCGGAAGUACUUCGAUAUAGCACUCAUCCAACUGGAGAGAGGUGUGCAGUUCACAGAAUCUAUUCAACCCGCAUGCUUGUACAUGGGUCCUGACGAUGGCCUCGUCGGUCAAAAAGCAACACUCAGUGGAUGGGGAGUUCUAGAUUUAGAUCGCCUUACGACUCCAACGCAACUGCAAGCAGCUGAAGUCGAUAUCCUAGACUCUGUGCUUUGUGAUAGAAUUUUCCGCAGAUCCUGCAGUAGGCUAUGGUGUGGAAUGGAAAGGAAUCAGAUAUGCGCUGGCAAACUUGAAGGAGGCGUCGAUGCUUGCCAGGGUGAUUCGGGAGGUCCAUUACAAAUAAAGACUGCAUUCCCGAAUGGCAGAGGACAAUUGUACAGGUUGUUGGGUGUGACGUCAUUCGGCAUAGGAUGUGCACAACCAAACCUACCUGGCAUUUACACGCGAGUCUCCAGUUUCAUCGAUUGGAUAGAGGCCGUUGUGUGGAAUUAAACCUAAACUAUAUUAAUUAAUAUUACCUUUAAUAAUUAUGACUUUUUUUAUUAACAAUAAAAUUUAUUGAGCGGGAAGAAUUUUUAUUAUUUAUUUUAAUCUAGUUUUAAUAGAUAGGUAUUUGAAAUUUGAUAGAAAGAUGUGGCGGUCUUUAUGGCACUUGUCUCACCACCG